UUGUUCACACUAGCUUUUGGGAGGUCUGGGGAUCUAUUGUGCAGCAUGCCCUGCGACAAUUGUUUUAUAUUAUGUGUUAUAUUAUUAUUGGGCAGGCUCCAGACUAACUUAGUCAUGAAUAAAUCCCGUUGAAAUGAAUGGGACUAAUAAAUAACUUGUCUCAUUGAUUUAAUUAGUCUGCGUGGAUGCGACUCAGAGGCCUGCCUGGAGGCCUGCAAUCUGAGGCUGCAAUUCCGAGCACACUUACAAGGGAGUAGUGAAUCAGUACUGGAUGCAAACAAAAAGAGAAAAGGCAAAAAGAAGAAUUCACAAGGGAAGUUGGGAGGAAAGACCGGCAGUAAUCUAUUGGAAGACAGAGACAUGAAUCUUGAAUCUGACACGGUAGCCUCGGGCAAGAGGAAAAAUGCCUCCAGCUUCUUUGAAAACCUGAAAAAUGAACUGGCUCAUGAGUGUGCUACUCAGAAAAGGCCUGUCUCAGAAUCUCAUACUCCUGAUGGUGUCUCACCUCCACCUUCUCGGCAAGGGGCUGCAAUCUCUGUUGUGACAUUCCACAGUCGAAAGAGAAAGAAGAAUCCUAAAGCUGAAAUAGCUGACAACGGUGACUCCAAGGCAAAGACAACUGUUCAAGAAAAGCUUGUGGAUGACCAAUUUAACCUGGAAAAAUUCAGUAUUGGCUCCUCUGACUGGCAGCGACUCUCCAGAGUUUCAGAAAGAGGACUUUCCCAGGCCUACCUGGAGACAGAUUCUGAGAGUUACAGCAUUCAAAACGUGUGCUCUGCCACUGAGGCCCGUUUGGAAGUGCACCGCUUUGGAAUUACUGGGUUUGAGAAGAAAGAACAGCGGGUUUUGGAACAAGAACGAGCAAUCAUGCUGGGAGCCAAGGCUCCCAAAAAAGAAUAUGUGAACUACAAAACUCUUCAAGAGAAAAUAAAGAAAAAUAAAGCAAUGAAGAAGGAAGAAACUGUAAUGGAAAAUAAAUCUGAUUCUCUCAAGCGGAGGAGGAAAAGGGGGCAUGAAGACGGGACCAGAAAAUCCAAAAAGAAGACAAAGCACAGCAUACUGCCUACAGGACAGGUUGGGAAAUUUAAAAAUGGAACUCUAAUUCUUCGUAGUUCUGACAUAAAGAAAAUAAAAUCUUCCAAAGUAGCCAAGUGACCUCAAUCCAUCAAACUACAUAUAACAUGAAUAAAUGUUUGUUGCCCAAA